CUGCGCGCAGCUGCCCGGAGGCCGGGCUCCAGUAACUCUUAGGAGGAGAUCCCGGGAGCUGUGGGCUGAGGCUGCAGCUGUAGACUCUGCAAGGCUGCGCUCCGCCGUGCGCCUCUCGUAGUCUAGCCGCGUCGGGCUGUGCAGCAGCCGCGCGGGUCGCAAGAGCUGGGAGAAAGCCUGACACCCGAACUCCGUGGGGGUCACUGUUGUUCCGCGGGGGCCGGGCACCCCUUCCCGGAAAGGCAGGCCAGUCCUGUGUCUGGGACUUACGAAAGGUCCCAGAAGUCGCCUUCUGCACCUUUAGGGUUCUUGGUUGAAAUUUGGAACACGGCUUGGUUUGCUGGAAGCCUUUUCACCUCCGGCUGGAGACCUGGUAGGACAGGUAAAAUGGCCCCUUCCUGGUGUUGAAAUUGGCAUUUUAAAGUAAAUGGAUGUAGUUUUAAACGUGUUUGAGAUAGGAUGUAUCUUUUAAGUCCAUUUUGUAUCUUUUAAGUCCUUCAGCAUUGAACUGGAAAUUCACAUCGUGAGCCAUUAGCAAUCAUUGCUAAGCCCGUCGCCCCAAAACGCCGUUUCAACCAGCGUUAAACCUUCAGUUUUCACAUAUAUUCCCAUCUAUGGAAUAAGGUAAUCAGAAAUGGUACCGUGUAGCUGUAUCAAAGAAAUACAUUUAGCAAAAGUCACAAAGUCAUACAAGGCUUUGGAAGAGGAAACUACCUAGAUUUCAAGAGUAAAAAAGUUCAUUCUAUUCAAACUUGAAAACACUUAUGCAAAACUUUAAAAGAGGAUUUUAGGUGACUCAUUUCGGACUGAUAAGACUGACCUAGAUAUUUGAACAGGGAAUAUCUUCAGAUCUUACUGAAACAGAACUACCUGAAUCUAGGGACUGGACUAUGAAGUGUAUGUGGUCCCCGGCCUGUUCAUUCUUGCCUGAGCCUGUGUUUUAAAACUUUUUUUCCCCCUUUUUCCUCCCUCAGUACUACUAAUAAUUAUCUUCUCAGGAAAGUGAAACGUUUUGUGUUUGUUUUCUUUUUCUCAACAUAUACAGGAUAAAACCAUUCUAUGUUCUAUACUUCCUUAUGGUUACUUUGGGAUAUUAAAUCCUUUUUCUUCUAACUUCACAGAAGAUUGAUAUGAAAUGGUGUCUCAGCGCAAAAUGUGAACCUUUUUUCCUCCCUUUACUAAAAUGUUGUUAGUUGGCUACUCCAGGGUGACUCCCGGAGGCCAUGUUAUAUAUAAACAUAUAUAUUGAUUUUUCAAGUUUCCUGCCUUGAUUUGUAAAUGUCAUUUGCCUUAAGCCAUUUUAAUCUUUUAAGGUAUGGCAGGCCUUGGAGACCGGACUAAAACUUUGUGGUAUCUGCAGAGAUUCUGUUUGCAGAGUCCUUGACUUAUUUAGCAUAUCAGCAUAGCUUGAUUCCAGAGUCUUCAGUCAUUGUCAUUGGAGUUAGAGUUAGGAGACUGUAAAAGGAGACUAGAAACUGGGAGGAGAGACAUGAUAGCUGUGUGGUCAUUUGAGAAAUCUGAGCAUUCUCUGGAGUUUUUCAUCUUAUAGUUCUAUGUAUUUUUGCCACUUGAACACACGUGUCUGAAGAGUUUUAAAGUUAAUGUUUCUUUUCUAUCAUUACACAUGUGCUCACCUUUGCAGAGUGACAGUGCCUGGUCCCUAUUUUCUUCUCAUAGCUCAUUUUUUGUCCUGACUGUUCUGUCCAGGAAUGGAACCUGCAUCUUCUUCUUUUUUUUGGUCAUACUUUUUUCAAAUGGUUCUUCCCUUGUAGAUUUUCUCUGAUGACUUCUCUUAUUUAGCCUGGUUAAUGUCUUCCUUUCUUGUUUGUUAUAUUUGUUUGCCCGAUAUCCUCUGUGUGUGUGUGUGUGUGUGUAUAUAUGUGUGUGUUGUCAGAGCCAUCUGCUGGCUUUAUGUUGGUACCCUUCAGUGACCAGCUUUCAAAACACAAUCAUGAAAACACCCUUAUAUUACUCUUUGCUUCACUCUUUCACCAAAAUGGGUGUGAACACAUGGAUCUUUGAAGACUGACUUCUUAUUGCUUACCUGAUGCCAAAACAUUUAGAAUAAAAGUAAAAUUUUCAGUUGAAUAUAUUUCUAAAUUUUCACAUUUGGUACUAUGUGCAUCAUUUAAAUGUUGUGCAAUACAACUAAAUACUUAAAGUUUCUCUUAGGUGAUACCACUUGAUGAAUGGCUUAGAAAAUGUGCUUAUUCUAAACCUCUAUGUAGUAUUCAGAUCCAUAUAGAUAUAACCUUGAAGAACAACAAAAAAAAAACGAAUAAAUUGUUCUUUCCAUUGUCCUCUACUUUAGCAACACAGUCAUCUCAUAGCACAUGGUUAGUGUGUCUCUAUGGUUGAACAAAUGCCGCUAUGUGAACAAUAAUGUAUAGCUCCAGCCUUGGAGGUAUUUGAUGAUUAUUUUCACCUUUGGGAAAUUCUAUGUUGAUGGAGAAUUAAAAAGAGCAAUUUUUUAAAUUUGCCAUAACUGUAUAAAAAAAUAAUACCACCUCUCAACAGAUGAUUUCAGUACUGUGCACAUCAGAAAGCAGGUGAUUAAUGCAUCUGAUCUAUGAAGAUAUCUACAAAGAUGAUCAUUAAAAGCACAUGUACUUAGCAUUUUUGUUUGACUGCUAGUAACAAAUUUAUCCUGACUUCUCUUUUAUUUCCUGUGCCUUUCUGGCUGUUUUAGAAGUGGUGGUGGUAAUUAUGAGUAUGUGGAUGCCAUUUUGACAAAACUAUGCCAAAUGGGGAUUCAUUUUCCUCAGGUGCCAGCUACUCAAAACAAUCUCAGCAUAUGAUUCAUCUAUUAAUUUUUUAUACCUUUAUUUAUCUAUUUAUUUAUUUUUACGCGGUGCUGAGGAUCGAACCCAGCGCCUCGCACAUGCUAGGUGAGCGCCCUACUGCUGAGCCACAGCCCAGCCCUCAUCUAUUAGUUUUUCCUGUCCAACUUAGUAAACAGAACUGGUAUAUGUUAUUCUAUGGAAACAAGGAGUAUACUGUUGUUUUUCACAUGCCUAUGGACUCAUAAACUUCAGGUUAGUUCUGAGAACCUCUGCUGUCAUUGUGGCAACCUUCUCAGUGGUAAGUAUAAUUAGUGUUGACUUAAGGAAAGGUAUGUGUAAUUGUGGCUAUUGCUUAAAAGACUGGAUUUGAAUGUAGAUUAUAUCCCUUCUGUCCUUAUUUAGGCUUAGUUUGAAUCUCUGUCUACAGAGAGAUCUGUGGUUCCCUGGUUUUUUUGGUGCCUAUUGAUUUGAUACAUUGUUGAAAAUCUUGGUUUUUUCUUGACAUGGAACUUUAUUCAUCCAAGAUUGGAUCAUCCUGCUAGGGUAUGUCAUGUAUUGGAUUUUAUUUCUUAUUUUCCCCUUAAAAAUGAAAUAAAUUAUGAAUCUAUACCUGCACAUUCUAGGAAAAUAAAAAAGUGCUGUUGCAUGCUAUAAGGCAAAUGAUAUGAGAACGUUACAUGACCUUUCUUCUAGGAGUUAAAAAAAAAAAGCACUGUUAUAUUCAUUUUUGGAAUAUUUGGUGAACAAUACACAACAAAGAAUUUUUAUGUCCCUUGUUGAUUCUUACUACUUUUUCCCACAGUUGUGGGAGAAAAUUCUCUUAACCCAUUCUGGCUUUAUCAUACAUACAAUUGUAUCAAAGGCUCCCUAAACAUACAAUUAUAUUAAAUACAAUGGUGUCCCCCCAUCAAAGCUCAUUUCUUUCUAGGGGAGAUGUAGUGAUCACAGAGUAUAGAGCUUGGGGUUUCUAUGGAGACCAAACAAGGCUGUGAUCCGGACACCUUCAUUUUGUACUGUACUGGUACUCAUUUCAGGGGUCAUAUAAGCAGAUUGCACUGAAAAACAGAUGUUUGUCUCCUCAGAAAGUCAAAUUAUAAAGUAAAAUUUAAAGCUCACUUUUUACUGAUUUUACUUCUCUGUUGGCAGAAAAAUGUUGUGUGAGUUGAUAACCUUGAUCGUGAUAAAAACAUAAAGAUUGUUUGGCUAGGGUAUUUUCUUAAUGGCUAGAUACUUUGUCUGUGGUAUCUAGCCAUUAUUUUGGUAAAUGGUGAGUGGCAGUAGUCACUAGUGGAACUAACAGUUAAUUUAUAUAGAACCUAAAAAAAUAAUAAAAAUCUCUUUGCAAUUUCUGCAUUAUUGGCUUCCUUAAUAUGAACUUUGGGCAGAUUUUCUGAAUUCAAUACAGUUUCUGCUUCUUAAAAAUCACAGACUUUCUAGAAUUUGAAAUGUGUUAGAGUGGCAGGACUGGGAUAUCAUUUAUGUAUCACAUGCAGUGUCUUAUUUUAUCAAAGCAAAUAGAUUCUUUGUGUUAUAAUCCCCUGCUCAUCAUUCAUUCUGUAUGGCUUCUAAAAGAAAGUAUGCAUUUAGUGGAAACAACUGAAUUUGAUUUUUGUGAAACUAAUGUGUAAAAUGUACCACUACUAUGCAAAAGUUAAUAGUAUUUAGUAAUUGUAUGAGUAACCAAAUUACUGAGUGGCAUUUUGAUACAUGGAGAUUCUAUUGGAACUUUGAGUUUAAGAAUAUCUAAUGGAGUUUUUCAUCAUCAAAAUUUAGUUCAUUCAUCAUGGAUGAAUGAAUGUGUAUUAUAUGUGACUGUGGACUGGGUCUAGGGUCUGUAGAGAAACACAGAAUAAGUCACUUGGUCCCUGCCUCUGGGUGUUGACAAACUAUUGAAAGAUCUGAGAGAAAAGGUACAGUAUUCUAUGAGGUUAUAUUUUAUUUCAUUAUUAUUUUUACUUUGUACUACUGAUGAUUUUACCCAUGGGAACUCUCCUACUGAGCUAUAUCCUCAAUAUUUUUAUUUUUAAGAGAGGGUCUCACAAGUAAAAAGUUGCAAUCCUUCUACCUCAGCCUCCUGAAUAGCUGGGAUUAAGGUGUUGCUCCACUUUGCCCACUCAAGAGAUUAUAUUUUAGAUGGAAAUCACAAAGACUAAAAUUCCAAAACUGCAAUCAGUCAAAUUAAGAAUGUAAAGUUAUGUCUUAAUUUCUUACUCUCAUUUGAAUUGUUACACUGAUUUUACACAAACUCAGUGAAUUUACCACCCACAAAUCCUGAGGGGCUUUCAGCUGUCCCUUCUAUUAUUGCUGCUGCAGCAGGAGACCCUCUGAAGACCACCCCAGAAAGUAGUCAGCAUCUUCCAGUCUUGGCUUUCAGCUUGGCAUGGAUGAAGAACUAAUAAAAUGUUGAUGGUGGAAGACAUUCUUGUCCAUUCCAUGUUCUAGAGGGAAGAGUACUUUGUCAGAAAGAAAGGCAUUCAGUUUAGUGACCUACCAUUGGUUAUUAGGUUGCACUCUUCAGAAUGAUUCCCUGCAAAGCAGUGCUGACUUUUGCCCGAUGUCUGAUCCGGAGAAAAAUCGUCACUCUAGACAGUCUGGAAGAUUCCAAACUAUGCCGCUGCUUGACCACCAUGGACCUCAUCGCCCUGGGGGUUGGAAGCACCCUGGGUGCUGGCGUGUAUGUCCUUGCUGGGGAGGUUGCCAAAGCUGACUCGGGCCCCAGCAUUGUGGUCUCCUUCCUCAUUGCCGCCCUGGCGUCCGUAAUGGCUGGCCUCUGCUACGCUGAAUUUGGGGCCCGAGUCCCCAAAACUGGGUCUGCAUAUUUGUACACUUACGUUACAGUUGGCGAGCUGUGGGCCUUCAUCACUGGCUGGAAUCUAAUUUUGUCAUAUGUGAUAGGUACAUCAAGUGUGGCAAGAGCAUGGAGUGGCACCUUUGAUGAACUUCUUAGCAAGCAGAUUGGUCAGUUUUUCAGAACAUACUUCAAAAUGAAUUAUACUGGCCUUGCAGAGUAUCCAGACUUUUUUGCUGUGUGCCUUAUAUUACUUCUAGCAGGUCUUUUAUCUUUUGGAGUAAAGGAGUCUGCUUGGGUAAAUAAAUUCUUCACAGCUAUUAAUAUCCUAGUCCUUCUCUUUGUCAUGGUUGCUGGCUUUGUGAAGGGAAAUGUGGCUAACUGGAAGAUUAGUGAAGAGUUUCUCAAAAAUAUAUCAGCAAAUGCCAGAGAGCCACCUUCUGAAAACGGAACAAGCAUCUAUGGGGCUGGUGGCUUUAUGCCUUACGGCUUUGCAGGAACCUUAGCUGGUGCUGCCACUUGCUUUUAUGCCUUUGUGGGAUUUGACUGCAUUGCAACAACUGGCGAAGAGGUCCGGAAUCCCCAGAAAGCUAUUCCCAUUGGAAUAGUGACUUCUUUGCUUGUUUGCUUUAUGGCUUAUUUCGGGGUCUCUGCAGCUUUGACACUUAUGAUGCCCUACUACCUCCUCGAUGAAAAAAGCCCCCUUCCAGUGGCAUUUGAGUAUGUUGGAUGGGGCCCUGCCAAAUAUGUUGUUGCAGCAGGCUCUCUGUGUGCGUUGUCAACAAGUCUUCUUGGAUCCAUUUUCCCAAUGCCUCGGGUAAUCUAUGCUAUGGCGGAGGAUGGGUUGCUUUUCAAAUGUCUAGCUCAAAUCAAUUCCAAAACGAAGACACCAAUAAUUGCUACUUUAUCAUCGGGUGCAGUGGCAGCUGUGAUGGCAUUUCUUUUUGACCUGAAGGCACUUGUGGACAUGAUGUCCAUUGGCACCCUUAUGGCCUACUCUCUGGUCGCAGCCUGUGUGCUCAUUCUCAGGUACCAGCCUGGUUUAUGUUAUGAGCAGCCCAAAUACUCCCCUGAGAAAGAAGCUCUGGGAUCAUGUGCCGAUACAGCCUCAAAAAGUGAGUCCCAAGUCAUCAUGCUGCAACAACAAGGCUUCAGCCUGCGAACACUCUUUAGCCCCUCUGCUCUGCCUACACGACAGUCGGCUUCUCUCGUGAGCUUUCUGGUAGGAUUCCUAGCAUUCCUCAUAUUGGGCCUGAGUAUUCUGACCACUUAUGGAGUCCAGGCUAUUGCCAGGAGGGAAGCCUGGAGCCUCGCUCUUCUCGUGCUGUUUCUCGUUCUCUGCAUCACCGUCAUCCUCACUAUUUGGAGGCAGCCACAAAAUCAGCAAAAAGUAGCCUUUAUGGUUCCAUUCUUACCAUUUUUGCCAGCAUUUAGCAUCCUGGUGAACAUUUACCUGAUGGUCCAAUUGAGUGCAGAUACUUGGGUCAGAUUCAGCAUUUGGAUGGCUCUUGGUUUUCUUAUUUACUUUGCUUACGGCAUUAGACACAGCCUGGAGGGUAACCCAAGGGAUGAAGAAGAUGAUGAAGAUGCUUAUUCAGACAACAUUAAUACAACAGCAGAGGAAAAAUCUGCCAUUCAACCAAAUGACCAUCACCAAAGAAAUCUCAGUUUGCCUUUCAUAUUCCAUGAAAAGACAAGUGAAUGCUAAUGCUUGCAGGAGCAGAGCUGGUCCACAGUCUUACGUACAUAUCCUACAUUGAAUAAACUAUGACAGGAUGUCAUCAUCAUGCUAGGUUGUCAUGGGAUUGCGGCGUGCACAGUUCACCUGAAUUGUAUCUCCUCACUUGGUGAAUUAUAUGCAUGGGAAACCUCCUGAGCUCUCUUCUCAGUGAUGAAUAUCCCUAAAAUAGUGUAUGUGUGUGUGUAUGUGUGAAUGUAGGUAUGUGUUUGGGAACAUGAAUGUUAAAAGUUAGUUGGUGUAUUUUACUAUUAUUUUGUCACAUCACACCAGUAUUGUCAUAAUUGGUGGCAUAUACUGCACAUACCUAAAUAGAGGUAAAUCACUGAAUAGAAAGUGUUUUAUACGUGCCCUCUGUGGUUGGGGAAAUAAUGAUUGCUUUUCCUUAAUAGGCUUCGUUAAUGUCAGUGCAGGUACACUAAAGAUGCAGUUGCCCACUAUCAUGUCUAUCACUGAUAGGGGUGAGGGGAUAAAGAAUGAGCCUUUUCUUUAAGUUGUAAAUACCAGUAAUGAGUUUAGUUCAGUUUUUUCCUGUGUGGUACAACAGUUUGCUAACUUCAGCCAGAAGGAGCAUUUGCUUCUGCUGUUAUAUGCAGGACAGAAUGGCAUUCCAUGUCACCAGAUGGCAUCCCCUGCAACUCUUCUUUGCAAGCUAUGGUCCUUAGAGGUGAGAUACCUGCACCGUCUGCACCCUCAACCCACUGAAGUGCUUGUGAGAUGUACUGUGAUCUACUUGGGACUCUUAAAACUAAGGAGUGAGGUGGGCCCCAUGGCCUGAAAGCAGGAAUAAAUGGAAGUCACUUAAACCAGUAGAAUCUGACAAAUGACUCAGUUGAUGGAAUAAUUCAUACAUUUUUUGUAGGACCUGAUCACAGUUCAACAUUUUUAACUAAACAGGCACAAAAUUCACUCCUCUUUUUCUAUUAUUUUGUCUUAUCCUAAGUGUGAGGGGAUACAAUAGCAAAUUCUACCUUUACAACACCAAGUAGAGGAAAAGAUGCAAGAAUGUAAGAAACAACUCCCCUAUUCUGAUAUUAAAGUGCCUGUUUGGAUAGUAAAGGGCAUUUGACCCAGUUUAAGGAGUUAAGAUCUAUUUUGAUUCUGUUGUUUCUUUUGGAAGCACUUAGGGAAGUCUUCCACCCUGCUCCCCAAUAAAUCUUUUAGCACUUUUUAUUUCCUUUGCUUUUAAAUGACUAACAGUCAUUUAAGCUGUUAGUACCAGUUAAACUAUUAGUACCAGUUGCAGUGUUUCACAAUAGCCAUCAAUAAGUGGGGAAUUCUUUUGAAGAAUUUGAAGAACAUAAUUACUUAAAGCUUUAAACUAAAAAAUUAACCAAACUGAAUUAAAGCUAUAUAAACAUGAUAACCUUUGUCUCUGAAUAAAUUGUAUAUGUUAAAAUAUUCUACGUUCUAUAUUUUACCUUAUAGUGGAUCAUAAAUUCAUCUUAAAUGUGUUUUGCUCCUCAUGAAUGACUUUUUGUGCAAAUAUUUAAAUGGUUCAUUAGAGGAGGCUAGAGCUAGACACUUACAGGUGGGUGGCAUCCCAGAACACCUGGGUGAGUGUUACCAAGCAUGCUAGUUGAUCCCCCUAAUCCAAAGGCAAGGAAAACAUUUGUUUUCUGACAUUUCUUUUAGGAGAUCAGUUAUCUUAUUGAUGCUAUUCAAGUUACAAUUAUAUUGUGUAGUCAGGAGUUGUUUUAAUUGAAUAUCAGAUUAAUAGGUAGGAGGCCUAUGUUUAUAGCUGCUAUGUUUUAGCAUCCCUAACGCAACUCAUUACUGACAUUCCACAAUUUCCAGGAUGCAUGUGGUAAAAUCUGAAGCCCAGCCAAGUUUUACUGAAGGGGAGGAGUUAAAUAAGCAAGGGGCAAAAUAUUUUAGUAAGGACUGUGGGGAUGAAAUCCUUGCUGUUCUAGCAGUACACUUAGACCCUUUUUAUUCUAGAAUCAAUGUAGAAUGGGCCCUUCACACAGGAAAUGUGCACAAUUUCAUAUAUGAAUCUUUUAAUCUUUUACUAUAACAAAAUUAAGAAAUUAGCUUAGAAUGUGAUAGGCAGCUAAAAUAUUAUGCCCACUGUAUUCAAUUAGGGAGCAGAAUUAAGUUAAAAAUUGUUUUUUCCACAUUGAAAUGCUUAGUAGACAAAAAUGUCUAUGAAGAGAUGCUUGGUCAUGGCAGCACAUUUUUUCUGUGAAGACUCAAGUGGAUGUGCCUGUUUGUAUGUAUGUAAGCACGUUUAUGUAUGUAUGUGUGAUGUAUAUGUGUGUGUGUGUGUGUGUUUCAAACAUCAGUGUAUUAAGUUGUGUUUAUGGUAGGCUUUGGAUAUGAUAUUGUUAUUUGGAUAGAAAAGCCAACUGAUGUGGAGAAAAAUUAGUGUUUUAUAUUGAUAGGUAUUUUAGGUUUUAAACUAUUUAAAAAUAUACAGCAAUUUUAUAUGUAUAUUUUCUAUAGAUAGAUUAAGAAAUAUUUAUCAUGUUUCUAAUAUAAAAUCACUGAACUCUACAUUAUAGAUAUAUUAUAACAGGUGCUUUGUAAUCUAAAUGGAGUAGAGGUAGGGACUUUAGGUAUCACUGUUUACUUGUUUCCUUUGUACCUUUUCUGACACACCAGUUCUGUUGCCUGCAUUUGAAUUUAUAACCCUUUGAACAAAAUGUUAUAUUUACUUUUUUAGGAUUACCAAAAUGUUUUAUGUAGAUUUGACUAGUAAUCAAUCAAAUUUAUAUAAAGUCCUCUCCAGAAUUAAAAAAAAAAAAAGUAUAUCACAUUCUUUUAAUUGUGAUUAAGUAAAAGCAGCUCCCAUAACUUUUCUUUAUAUACUAGGAACUAUGUUCUCAACAUUUUUCAAUGAAAAUGUCUUAUAAUGACUCCUUAAUGUUUUUCUCUAAAAAGGAAUACUUUGUGAAUUACCAUAAAAGGCAAUGCUAUCCCUGCAUUUAAGAAGAUGACUGUGCAUACUCUAGUUUAAAAACUCCUUAUGAGAAAAGCUUGUUAGAGCCUUCGGUAUAUACUAAAAUUCAGAUAAUUGCUUAACCACUUUUUCCCCCAAGAUAAACAUCAAGAAAACUAAAAUAUCAUUUGAUACAUACACAUGUGCAUUAGUUCUAUGUAUCAACAUCUCAAUGUUGAAACUAAUAUCAGUAUAUAAAAUUUUACUGUUACCAAAGUUGAUAUCAACCAAUGAAAGGCAGAAUAAGAGCCUGUUUUUUAUUUUAAUGAAAAAGUUUUUAAACUUUUUUAUUUUAAAUAUUAGCCAAAAUAUUUUCUGAGUCCUGGGUGUUGGCAAGUUAGCUGUCAGUUCUUUUUGAUAAAACAUUUUUAAUUAGAAUCUGUUUUUACCAUAUUUUCUAAAUUCAUUUGAGUACUUCACAAGGAGUAUAAGGGAAAGUAAUUGCCCUCAAUGAUGAGAGAGCAGCUGAGCCUUAUUAUCUCUAUCAGGGCAUAUUCCAGAAUUGCAAACUACAUGACAAAGUCGUGCCAAAAUUCCAGCUCUCCUUGCCCUGCACCGUUGCCCUCACCGUUCUCCUGAUUGCUUCAAGUGACAGCACCAAAAUUACAAUUCCCACAGGGCUUUCAAGGAUUGAGUUUAGAGUGUACGUCAUGGAUUAUUAAGAUUCACGUGAUUAGUGAGUAUUUCUGGUGAAUGAAGUUAACUACCCUUUUUGCUAGUGCCAAAACAGUGCCUUCUCUGUAUGUUCUCUACUUUAUAAAGUUCUCUAACGUGCUUAUAUAUCAAGGGGAAAAGUACUAAAGAUCAUAUAGUACCUAAUGCCAGCAAAGGUCAUUUUUUUUUUAAAUGUAUGGAUGUGAAAAUAAGGUUGCUUAACUUGUUUAGCUGAGUUUUUUUUUUUUUUUCUUGUAUAAUUAUAUUUAAACACUUUAAAAUAGUUUUCUGGUUUCUGGAUUUUUAGAGGCCUGAUCCGUUAUCGUUGUAGUUGUUGGUUCAUACUGUUCAUUAUUGUUUUAUGUAUACGGUUUAGUCUUAUUGAUUUCAAAUGCAUUUUGUUAUGGCCCAACCCAGUGGGUAACACUGCUUGCUGAGAACAUUGUACUCAGCUGUUGCUCACCAUAGCUAAAGCCACUGCCACAGUCUCUGGGCCUUCAAGACUCUUCUUUGACCACUGAUAGCACCAUCAAAACCAGAACCCCAGGGUCAGACAGCCUGUACCAUGUGAGCAGCUCCAGCUACCCCUGUUGGUGGGGUCUUAGAAUAAUGGGGAGAAUAUGAUAUAAAAGACUUCAAAUGCAAAUAAGUUUGUUUGGGGUUCUUAAUUUCAGUUCUGAAUAUCCCAUGAGUAUGUCCAGAUAAAUAAGGACCAAGGAACAUCUAUGAGUCAUAGAAGAAGUGGCUGCUUCCUGGAACUGGCAGGGAAGGAGUAGGGCCUUCUGCUCUUCCUGUACACUGACGUGCAUGGCCACGACCCAAUUCAUAAGAACCUUUUAUUACCAACAGAAUAGGUUUCUCUGACCCAAAACUGGUCAAUGGACCCUUUAUUUUUCAGAUCCACUACUACCUGUGUCUAGUUGUCUUAAUGCUUCGUUAUCAUUGUACUUAAAAGAAAUUAUUGAUAGGGUCUAAACCAUACAGCAAUUCUAUGUCUGUAAAACCCAACAAAUACAUUGCAGUUGUGCUAAUGUAAAGAUUUUUUGUUGUUGUUUAGGAGAUAAUUUUAAAUUUAAUGUUUUCAAUGAUAAUCAGUGUGUCUUUUUACUUUUAAAGUUGGAUUCUUUUUUUUAGAAUUUGUAAUAAAAAAACUAUUGCUGCUUUAACUACUGUAAAAUAUGCUUUUUAAUGCGAUCAUGUAUUUUUAAAUAAAUUUUAAUGUGACAGUAA